CUCUGCUGUGGUUGUGUUGUGCUCCUGCCAGCCUGUGUGCUGCGGACGGCAUCGACUCAGGGGCUCAAAUCGGCUCUGUUUUCUGUGUUUGAAUUAUACCCUCAGUUAAAGUCACUCAUAGGACUACCGUAUUACCAGUGUGACGGCCAUGGAGUCUCACAGUCACGGCAGAGACGACCUAAAGGGGCCGGUGCUUCAUAUCGUGGUGGUUGGAUUUCACCAUAAAAAGGGCUGUCAGGUGGAGUUCUCCUACCCUCCUCUGAUGCCUGAUGAAGGUCACGACAGUAACCUGCUGCCUGAAGAGUGGAAGUACCUCCCUUUCCUCGCUCUGCCUGAUGGAGCACACAACUACCAGGAGGACACUGUGUAUUUCCACCUGCCACCGCUCAGUGGAGACAUGAAGUGUGUCUAUGGAGUCUCCUGUUAUCGCCAAAUAGAAGCAAAGGCCCUGAAGGUCCGGCAGGCUGACGUCACCAGAGAGACGGUCCAGAAGAGCGUCUGCGUCCUCAGUCGAGUGCCUCUCUACGGCCUUCUUCAAGCUAAACUUCAGCUCAUCACACACGCCUACUUUGAGGAGAAAGACUUCUCUCAGAUCUCUAUUUUAAAGGAGCUGUACGAGCACAUGAAUGGUUCCCUGAGGGGCUCCACUUUGGAGGGCUCACAGGUCUAUCUAGGGUUAUCACCAAGAGAUUUAAUACUGCACUUCAGACACAAGGUUCUCAUCCUUUUCAAGCUCAUUCUACUGGAGAAGAAGGUCCUGUUUUAUGUUUCCCCCGUCAACAGACUAGUAGGAGCCCUGAUGACCGUUUUAUCGUUGUUUCCAGGUAUGAUUGAGCACGGCCUGGUGGACUCAUCUCACUACAGACCGAAGAGCAGUGUGUCCGAGGACCUGAGUAUGGUGGAGAGCGUUUCAGGAGCCGAGGAGUUCGUCUCCGUGUCAGUCACAGACAUCACCCUGGAGGGGGAGGGGACCACACAGCCCAUUGUGGAGUCCCUGUCCUCUGGGAACAGCACAGAGGGGGACAACCACCUCCUCAAACCCCCGUCACGCACCUCCCCAGAGUCCUCAGAGAGCGACUGGGAGACCCUGGACCCCAGCGUGUUGGAGGAGAGUGCUCCUAAAGACAGCACAGAGGGGAAGGAGGCGGGGUCAGAGUUGAAAGACGCCUUCGACUCAAAGCCGGGGACGCCCAUCACGGUGCAGCCGCAGUCUGCCAGCGGUCAGGGAGGGGUCGUUCAGGGUCUUGUGUCUGGUCUGGAGGAGGAUCAGUACGGGCUGCCUCUCCCCAUCUUCACUAAGGGUUACCUGUGUCUGCCCUACAUGGCCCUGCAGCAGCAUCACCUCCUCUCUGACGUGACGGUUCGCGGCUUCGUUGCAGGGGCGACAAACAUCCUCUUCAGGCAGCAAAGGCACCUCAGCGAUGCUGUUAUUGACGUGGAGGAAGCAGGCAUACAGAUCCAGGAUGCUGAGCUCAGAAAGAUCCUGAGCCUGACGACAGCAGACCUGCGAUUUGCCGAUUACCUGGUUAAACACGUGACAGAGAACAAAGACGACGUUUUCCUGGAUGGGACAGGCUGGGAGGGUGGAGACGAAUGGAUCAGGGCGCAGUUCACCCUCUACCUUCACUCGUUACUCUCCUCUACUCUACAGCAAGACAAUGAGAGACUGCUGUCAGAUUAUGGAGCACCUUUCAUCGCAGCCUGGAAGAUCACACACAACUACAGAGUGUGGUACAGCAACAAACACCCUGCCAUGGCCGCCAUCACCCCAGGACAUCCAUUCCAGGGUCAGUACAGCGUGGCCGAUGUGAAACUACGACUCUCACACUCGGUGCAGAACAGCGAGAGAGGGAAGAAGAUCGGGAACGCCAUGAUGACCACCAGCCGCAGCGUGGUGCAGACGGGGAAAGUAGUGGGUCAAUCUGUAGGCGGAGCAUUGACCAGCGCCAAGUCAGCCAUGUCCUCCUGGUUCUCCACACUGGCUCAGCCGACAGCUGUGACCCCCCCAGCCUGUCCAGAGCCAGAGCCCGCCGUGGAGGCCAAACCCUGAAACCACAAACCCCACCGGUCCUCCCCUCAGUGACUUUGUCCUCGUCCUCUGAUCCUCCAGCUGCCGUGAGGCCUGAGGCUCAGUGGAGCGAGGGAGCUGCUCCGGUCAUCUUCAGUAUCAAGGAGUCUGAAAAAACAAACCUGAGAAACACUCAGGACAGGAAAGCAUCACUGCCGUGGUGCUAGCUGUACAGUCCACAUCCACUGUGAGGCAGAAACUGCCAUCAGUAACGAUCAAAACAUGGAGAUUUCUGCAGGCUGCAUUGUUCGUCACUGCUGCAGUGUUUACCGCUGGACGCUUUCCUGUGAGACACUACCAGAUGCUGUUGUUGGGUUUGCGGUGUUCACUCUUUGCUGCAUAUUUCUAGAGUUUGUGGAUAAAACGGACUAUUAUAAUUUAAAAAAAAUAUGAAUCUAUUUCACAGGAUUUGACUAAGAAGCAUGAGCUGUGAUACCUCUGAAAAUUUUAAUGGUUUGAAUUCAAUCUGGCUCAUGUUCAGUGAUACCUCUGUACUAACGCUGUGGUCAUCAUGGUAACUGCAGAAAUUCCUGUGAGAGAUAGAUUAGUAGAAAAAAACAUGCUCACUGACUGAAAUAAGGCUGCAUCCAAGUCACUUUGUUAUAUUGAGUUCAUUUUUAGUAAUAUUUGAAUUUCUUUGUUUAGUUAAAUGUCUAGACACAAAAGAAGCACAUGGCAAAUAAGGUUAUGGAUUCAAUUCUGAAACAGGAUAUGAAUAACAUUUCUGCUAGCUUAGUAAUUCUAAGAGUACAAACCGAUAGUUUCAAAUUUCUUCCAACUUCCAAUUGGUCUGUUCAAAAUGAGACAAAAAAGAAACUCUUCUUUUUUUUCUGAAAUAAAAGCUAAGGCAUGGAAGCUAGCAAGAAGCUAAUUAAUAAGAAGCUUUAAAUUUGUUUUACAUUUUCAAAAAUUAGAGAUUUAUCAGCAGUUUGAAACUCUGCCACUGAUGAGACAUUAAACAACAAAUGCUAAUUCAUAAGGAAAACGCUUGGUAUUGCUCAUCUUACCUUUAGCUAGCAGAACACAGUUUAGCUAACUAGUGCUAGUUAGCAGUAGUGAAGGGAAUUUUUAUUACAAGAAAUCAAUACAUUCAGUAAAAAAUUGUCAAUAAUUCAAAAAUUAACCGUAGCAAAAGUUACAGAGCUGUACGGUUGGUAAACUCCGAUAUAGCAUUAGCCUGUGUCUUUGCUUAUGGGAGCUUCAAGCUAGCCUCCUGUUGCUACAGUUAAAAAGCUGAUAGUAUUAAAGUAUGCAAUACAGUGUAUGUGUGAUUUGACAAUCACUGAAUUUGCAUUCACAAAUUUCACGUAUUUAUCUCCAUUUUGGUCAGUUAGCUAGAAAGAUGCGUAAUAACUGGAUUAAGCUCUCUAUAUUUUCAGUAAAGCUAGCUAUCCAUGCCAGUGAGCCAUGAGGAUGAAAGUUAAGUUUUUAGUGUAUUUAUGAUUGACAAUAACCAGAAAAGCUAAUGUAGGUUAGGCACAAAUUUGCGAUUCUAUGAGGUAUCUACCUAGCAAAAGAUAAAACAGCAACCAAACAUGUUUGGCUGUAUGUUUUUACAGUUAAGCUGGCUAUCAACACCAGCAAACCAUAAGGAUAAAAGUUUGGUAAUUGAACUAUCCAGGGGUGUUAUAGCUUUCUUAGUUAGCUACAGCUGAACAAGAGUGAUCUGGCUGGAGACCACAGAUCUCUGACGGCCCCCCUCAUUAAUGUGAGAAACCUUCUCUGUCAGAACUGAAGUGCUGUAACUUGCAGAUACAACCCAUUUCCAUUUUUAAGAUUUUUUUUCUUUUAAAAUUCAUGAUUGGUUCAUAAACAAAGUCUUACAGUUACAAUCAUAAAACAACCAAAUUGCAAACAGCAACAUUUUAUAAAUAAAACAAGGAAAAGGGUUAGAGGUCUAAUCAAGGGGUAAAUUAUGUAUGGAUCUGUUUUAUUUGUAGAUAUGCAAACAGUGGUUCACUUUAGCUUUGUUAGUUUCAGCUAAAGCUAGCAUAGCUACACUAGCUACAUAGUUGAUUUUAUUACAUAAGCCAAUGUAGCCAAUUAGCCUUGUGCAACAUGAGCUGUAGAAAAUGUAGCUAAAUCCAAUGAAGAUAGCUAACAUAGCUAACAUCAGCCUCAUAGCCAGAGCUUCAUAAGCUUUAGCUUUGGCUGCACUAGCUACAUAGCAAAGUUAGCUGUGUAGCUUAUGCAGGUAAUGGAGCUUCAUUUGCUACAUUAGAAUGUUUUCAUGAUGGAUAAACUUUUUCCCUGUAAGCACUGUUUACUCAGCUUUAUUUAACGGAUGAUUAUCAGGUUUUGCUGGUCAAGUUUUUAACUUUUGGUAGCCUAAACCUUACCUUACCUUAGCCCAAAUGAAAUGUUAAACUGAUUUUAUUUUGAAUGUUUUAGCAUAUAUUUGUUACUAACAGAUGCAUGUUCUUACAGUGUCAGUCUGCGAGAGGAGGCAUCUUAGGGCUACGGUCUAAAGCCAGGCUGUCUUGAGCUAAUCUCCUUUAAAUGUUGGUCACAGUGUGCUGGUGAGAGUGAAGAGGUUUAUAGUACAUUUGUACUCAUAAUGCAUAAUAACUGAGGUAGCUAGCUGAAAAACAUAAACCAAGCAUAUUUGACUGUAUGUUUUUACAGUUAAAGCCCCUGUAAAGUGAUAAAAAAAAAAAAAAUUAUGACAGGCCACUGUGUUGUGAACCCCCAGGUCAAAUCUCAGUCAUUUUUUAUGAUUGAUAGUUUGUUGAUUUUGACAACAGAUAAAGAAAAGUAAAACCUUGAGACCAGUGACAUACCUGAAAACAAAAAAAUAAAUAAAAUGAAAAAAAGCAUUACACGCAUUACAAUAGGUCAAGUUUCAGUCAUGAAAAGCAUCCCUAAGUUUAUAGAAUUACACUUCAAAAUCAUGAAAAUUGAAGUAGUAAUAUCUGCUCUAGAAUGGUAUGGGCGAGUCUGUUGAAUGAGCUAAAGCCACACCCAUUCAAGAGAAUCGAUUGUCUCAUGUUCUAAAAAAUGCUUCUGAUCAAAAUGCAGCUGCCUGGCCUUUUUUUUUUAGUUAGGUUUACUAAUCACUCUGUUGGAAUUAGCAUAAAGUCUGUCAACUUCCAAGUAGUGUUAGGUUGUGCUAGUGCUAGCUUGCUUGCUAACAUGCCUUAACUACCAUUACAAUAUCAUAAAUGCUCAACAAGAACAUGUUGAGGAUUAACAAUAGCUGCAUAAUCUGUAAUAUAGCUUGAGUUAAGUAAAAAAUCUACAAAGGAAGGUUGUCAGUGUGCAGGCUAGUGCUUUUAGCAAGGCUAGUUAACCACACUGAUGAAAUGUAAAGACGUUUUUCUUAAUUUAUAUGUACAGAAAUGGAAAAUCCAAAUAUCAGGGCUGAGACCAAAAGUAGAAUAAUAGUAGAUGCCAGUUGAUUAAAUUUUAAUUUUUUCGAUCAACUGAUUUUUGCAAAGAAUACCACAUUGCAUUUUUGUGCUUUUCUUUACAAAAGCAUUAAAUAGUAACUAGUUUUAAUAUUUCUCUUACCUCGUUAUAAAUUGGCAAAUAAGAAUUUUGAGUGAUGCAUUAAUCCCUAUUUUCACUCAUCUGAUAACAUUUCAUCAUGUCCAAAAAAAGUUUGAAAUUUUUUGAAGAUUUCUUCCAGAUAGUUCAUCCAAAGUUAUUUUAUUCAAAUGUUCUUGAAUUGAUCUUUGUUGUAUUCAUCUCUCUGUUUCAGAAUAAAAACACAUUAAUGGCAUUUGAAUGCAGUUACUAUCUUAACCACAGCGUUAGUACCUGAAUCCUCGUGUACCUGAUGCCUGAUUUUGUGCGUUGACUAACGUGAUGAACCCCUCUUUAUCUAUGAAGGAAACCUGCACCCUGCUCUGUGUUAUAAUCCCUCACCCAGGCCUUUUUGUACUUUGCUGUCAGAACAUAUAUUGGGAGAAUUAUAUUUAGUGAAUCUGAAGCUAGUUUAAAGUCUUAUUUAUUUGUUGUGUAAAAACUCAUAGAUGUCCAUGUUUUGUCAUUAAAACACUGGAAGCAGUCCUGAUCCGUGGACCACGGUGUGUAUUUGCACAAAGCAGCCGCUCUAUCCUAUUUAUGUGGAUGUUUAUCUUGUAUUUGUGUGGUUUUUGAGGAUGUUUUUCCCUCCAUGAUACAAAAUUUCAACACAGGUUGAUUCAAAGUGGUCCAGUGAGCAUGCUCUGUCCGGUUCUAAAGCUGUAAUGAGUGUCAUCUUUAUUUUGUCAUGUUUUACCUUUUUUCUGCCAUCGAGUCAUUCUGGAUUCUUCUGUUGAUUUCUGGAUUCAGCUGUUAAAAGCUGUUAAUGCUUUUUUUAUCCUCUGAUGUAUUUUUUUUUUGUAUUUAAAGAUAUGAAUGUACAGUGAAUGAAAUAUUCACAGCAUAUUUUCUUGACAGAUGCUUUUAAUGUAUUUGAGAAGAAAGUGAUACUAUA